CAGAUGUCGUCACUGUUAGCGCCAGGAGCUGGAGGACAGAGGAGGCCUUCCGGUUGCGGGUUCCGGCCCUGUGUCCUGGAAUUCGCUCAAGUAACAGGAGCGAGAACGUGAGCAACGCCAUGAGCAACACCACUGUCGUCCCCAGCACGGCAGGCCCGGGCCCCAGCGGAGGGCCCGGUGGCGGAGGUGGCGGAGGCGGCGGCACCGAGGUAAUCCAGGUGACUAAUGUCUCCCCGAGCGCUAGCUCUGAGCAGAUGCGGACCCUCUUCGGUUUCCUAGGCAAGAUCGACGAACUGCGUCUCUUCCCGCCGGAUGAUUCACCUUUGCCAGUCUCAUCCAGAGUCUGCUUUGUUAAGUUCCAUGAUCCCGACUCAGCAGUUGUGGCACAGCACCUGACAAACACUGUAUUCGUUGACAGAGCUUUGAUAGUCGUACCAUAUGCAGAAGGAGUUAUUCCUGAUGAGACUAAGGCUUUGUCUCUGUUGGCACCAGCAAAUGCAGUGGCAGGUCUUCUGCCUGGUGGUGGACUCCUGCCUACUCCAAACCCACUUACACAGAUUGGCGCUGUUCCACUGGCAGCUUUGGGAGCUCCUACUCUUGAUCCUGCCCUUGCUGCUCUUGGGCUUCCAGGAGCAAACUUGAACUCUCAGUCUCUUGCCGCAGAUCAGCUGUUGAAGCUUAUGAGUACUGUUGAUCCUAAGUUAAACCAUGUAGCUGCUGGACUUGUUUCUCCAAGUCUCAAGUCUGAUACCUCUAGUAAAGAAAUUGAGGAAGCAAUGAAAAGAGUACGAGAAGCACAGUCCCUAAUUUCUGCUGCUAUAGAACCAGAUAAGAAGGAAGAAAAACGAAGACAUUCAAGGUCAAGAUCACGGUCAAGGAGAAGGAGGACUCCCUCAUCUUCUAGACACAGGCGAUCAAGAAGCAGAUCACGGAGGAGAUCACAUUCUAAGUCAAGGAGCAGGCGAAGGUCCAAAAGUCCAAGACGGAGAAGAUCUCAUUCCAGAGAAAGAGGUAGAAGGUCAAGGAGCACAUCAAAAAAUAGAGAUAAAAAGAAAGAAGAUAAGGAAAAGAAACGAUCCAAAACACCACCAAAAAGUUACAGCACAGCAAGGCGUUCUAGAAGUGCAAGCAGGGAGAGGAGAAGAAGAAGAAGCAGGAGUGGUACAAGAUCUCCCAAAAAGCCCAGGUCUCCUAAAAGAAAAUUAUCUCGGUCACCAUCUCCUAGGAGACAUAAAAAAGAAAAGAAGAAAGACAAAGAUAAAGAGAGAAGUAGAGAUGAAAGAGAACGAUCAACAAGUAAGAAGAAGAGGAGUAAAGAUAAGGAAAAAGAUAGAGAAAGAAAAUCAGAGAGUGAUAAAGAUGUAAAACAGGUCACACGAGAUUAUGAUGAAGAGGAACAAGGCUAUGACAGCGAGAAAGAGAAAAAAGAAGAAAAGAAGCCAACAGAAGCAGGUUCCCCUAAAACAAAGGAAUGUUCUGUGGAAAAGGGGACUUGUGAUUCAUUAAGAGAAUCCAAAGUGAAUGGAGAUGAUCAUCAUGAAGAAGACAUGGAUAUGAGUGACUGAAUAUUGCCUCUGCAGGUAUCCAACUGUAUACAUGCAUCAGUGUCAUUCCUUUGUGUGAUUUCUUAAUGCUGUAUUUGUUCAUCUCAAAUUUAGAUGUAUACAGCUCUGAGUUAAAAAUGGUUAUAUAAUGCUCCUGAUAUUGAUAUUGAUAUUAGAAACAUACAUCAAAAGCUUUUAGAAAUGGUCCAUGGGUAAUAAAUUCUUGUCUUGGUGAAAUCUGAUUGAGUAAACAAGCAGUUUUACUAUUCUGGUGCUGCUACAUAAAAAAUGAGAAGCUGCAUGCAUCUACAGCAGGCAUGGAUUGUUUAUGUUGUAUGAUCUCUUUUAUUAAAUAAGUUCACUUAUAGUCUUUCUAGAAUUUGAUUCAUUGCCGUAAGUAAUACAGCCAUGUAGGGAAUGCACUGAUUGCAUGUUAAUUGUGGCAGGAAUAUUCUAAACGUCAUUAAAAUCCUUCAACAUGAUGGAUCUACAUAACAGUCUUGUUUGUUGACAUGACAAAUUAACAUUCUUAUAGUUACAUCUGAAAAAUGAACAUUUGAAAUAGAUAAUCCUUUUAAGCCUUGUGGCUAAAUUUUUGUGGCUUUUGUUUUAACUUUGAAGGGUUAUAUAUGCACUAACCUUUUUGAUGGCUAAUUAGGCUUUAAGUACAAAAACAGAUUUCAAAUAAAACUUUCAGCAUUGAAUGAGCAGCAGCCUGUUUUGAAGUAAAAGUUAUAUACGUUUCCAUAAGGUGUUUGGGGUUGUGGGGUUUUUUCCCCCCUGUAAUAAUGUAUUCCACAUAAACAUCAGUGAAAGCUGCCUUGCCUAUCCUGAGUCCACCUGUGAAAGUUUUAUCUUGUCCAAAUUUCAAUUUUUUGUUUUAAGCACAGUGUUGGGGAUAAAAGAGGAUAGUGCAUUUUAAAUUAACCUUCAUAUGCUUUUAAAAUAAAACAUGGACUUGAUAAUGUACUUUUUAUUUUGAUCUCCAGUUGUAUAAAACCAAUUAUAUUUGUGUUAACUGUUACUGCAGUAGUAAUCUUACACACAGUGAUUCCAUGUUAUAUACAAAGUAGUUAGGUGACUGUUUUCUUAGUUGCAGGAGUUUCAAGCUUCACUUUUGUGCAGUAAAAACAAAAGUAGGCUACAGUCUGUGCCAUGUUGAUGUACAGUUUCUGAAAUUGUUUUACAAGACUUUGAUAAUAAAACCCUUAAACUUAACGCUCCUG